AUGAGUCCCUUCUUUGUGAUGUCUCUGCUCUUUGGCCUGACUUUUGGUCAAACAGCAUCACUUUGUGCUCCUUCUGAGUAUAUAAUCCAUGUGGAGAAAAGGGAAUGUGCCUACUGCCUGGCCAUCAACACCACCAUCUGCGCUGGAUUUUGCAUGACUCGGGACAGCAAUGGCAAGAAGCUGCUACUCAAAAGUGCUCUGUCCCAGAACGUGUGCACAUAUAAAGAGAUGUUGUAUCAAACAGCACUGAUUCCGGGCUGUCCUCAUCACACCCUCCCGUAUUAUUCCUACCCUGUGGCUGUGAGCUGCAAGUGUGGUAAAUGUAACACUGAUUAUAGUGACUGCGUUCAUGAGAAGGUUAGGACUAACUAUUGCACUAAACCACAGAAGCUCUGUAAUAUGUAA